CAAAGGGAGAGCUGGAAUCGGAUCGGAACGAAGGUCGGCACCGAGCGCUCAUCAGUAGUAUCGUCGCUUCGGGAAGAACAGGAUGCGAAUCUUUCGUGUUCCCUCGCGGUGUGCGUUGUUUGAUUGGAUUGCGUGUGAAGCAAGUGGACUUUUUCGUCUGAACAUAUUUUUCCUGUAGACAAAAGAGUAUCAGAUUUUUGGGUGCUACUGCCUGGUGAAACAGGUGAAAGCCAUCACCAGUAGAUCAUCAAUCAAUCAAGCCUGCUACUGGGCAGCAAUUUGGUGGGACGCAGCGUUGGACCGUGUCAGUGUGUUUCGUCCUCUGGAGGGUGGACUGGGGACUCACUAAGGAUUGCGACGCUCUCUCCAUAAGGCAGCCCCAUCCACACCAAGCCGACUGGUUUUUAUUCAAGGGGGAAUAUGACCUUGCCUCAGUCAGGAUAAAACGAAUCAUAUCGCUUUCGCAGUUUGUGAUACAUAUUGCAUGAGAUGCUGUGAAGCUGCCUAAAAAAACUGUACGGUCGAGGCUAGGCUAUUCGCUGUCAUUUGACUCGGGACCAGAAACCCCCGAAAAACGGCGUCCUUCGUAAUAGUGAACUACAGAGAGAGCCUUACAAAAACGAACAGCAGAUUAGAGUGAAAUUGUCAGGGCUCAAACCAAUGCACUUCUUUUUUGUCUAGUCCUGUCCGACAACGUCAGUGUGUGAACUUGGUCCCAGUAGGGGGAUCGCAGUUGAAAACCGACAGAAUUUUUCGUAUAAGUGCGGUUAACCUCAAACCCACUUGCCUGCGUUCAACGUGACCGCAAUCUACGGAGAGUACCGAGCAGAGCAAGCCCUAGUUUCUACACCGGAGGGCAACCGAAAAACGAAACUGUGAAUAAAUCGAUGCGGUUUUCUCGUCUAGGUCGCUGCAAGUGCCACUCUUGUCGUUCCUGGUCCGAGGCACGUUGGCAAAUUGGAAUAAUAAUCGGUUUUACAAGCUCGGCACGGUACGGUCCGAUGCAUACUUUGUGGCACCGGUUCCAGGAAGAGUGACUUAACACAUGCGAGGAACAAUCUGGUGCGGAACAUCCGUCGAACAGGGAAACGCGCCCGAAAUUGCAUUAUUAAUUUCGAAGGUGUUGAUCGAGCACGCCGCCGUUUGCUGGAGCGAAUCAAAAGGCUGGGGCGUCGAUAUCCCAUUAGAGGUGAACUAAUUAAGUGCAAUCGAGUGAAGUGAACAAUAGCGGAGGGGAGAGCCGUUGUGUGAUAGUAAAACAAUAAAAACCCAUUCGCGUGAAGCUCGUUUUGGCCCGAAGCAGUUGACCAUUGUGUUGGUGUGCGUGUGCAAUAGUGUGGUUCGGUUAAUUCAAUUGGGUAAUUAUUGGGGCCCUAGUGUGGAAGCUUGUUCCUACAAAAGGUUACCAUCGAGCAACAACCAUUCCAGUGAAACGAGCAGUUAAACGGAUCGCAGCGUUUUGUGUGUCCGGGCCAUCACCCCAUUUUCAUCGCCUUCAUGGCCGUUGUCGUCGUCGUCCUCGUCACAUCAUGCUAAGCUGCUGAAUUAGACUUGCGGUGUUUUGUUCCUGUUCGUGACACAAUUUUACCACCUUUCCUAACAGCAGCAGCAUCCCGUCAGAAUGACAUUGUCUCCUGGGUGGAAUCAUUCUUGCUGAGGAAAAUGGCAAAAAUACAUCACCUCGUCCAUGUUACACCACUCAUAUCACACAAGAAAAGCAUUCCAGCAGCUCCGAAGAAAAAUAGUCUCCACCGACUGGGUGUGUGUGUGUGUGUGAACUUAUAUGCCACAUUCCUGAAAGCUAUCCCACCUGUAAGCCGUCAGACUAAACAAGACUGAAGCAAAGCGAAGCCCCACUGCUCGACCUGUUGUAGGACACGACGACUUCCAGCAAAAAAGGCACAAUAGCGAAUCGCACCUUUCAAGGAUAUUAAAGCUCACCCAGCGAGCUUUACGUAACCAUUAUUCGGUUGGAUCUGGGCCAAGAAAAGAUUCACCGUCCAAGAAGGGCGGAAAUGGCGGAAGAAAAUUUAAAUUACCUAACACCGUGUAAUGAUAAGUGAUUAUUAAGUGAGAGAUCUUAGAUAAAACCGUUUUUUUUUGCGCUUCGUGGGUGCGGAUUCUUCGCUUGGCGCGUAGUUUUAAGGUGAAGGAGCAGAAAGGCGAAAAGUGAGCGCCCGGACGAUAAAGGAAAAUAAAUUGCUUUUCACUGUGCACUGUUAGGAAUACUACAUACUUACAUAUCCAUGGCAGAAUACUCCGGUUCAGGAAGAAAAGUAAAACCGAUGGUUGGUCUGCGAGUUGAUGGUGCCUAUUUGCGCCUUUAGUCUGCGUUGAAUAGAGUAUCUGCGGCUGGCAGGCAGGAACCAGGAAAACAGAACAAGGGAAAAAUACUUACAAUCAUCGGGAACCAGCUGAAGAAACGGGAAAUAAAUUAAAAAUCAUAUUCACUGAUAAAUUACCUUUCGCGCCUGGAGUUGGAGCUGUGCGAAACUAGAGCCGAACGAGUUGGCACAAGUGGAUCAACGAAAGCAGGGAAAUAGUGAAUAAAUUCCAGGCCCAUUUAAGAGAACGGAAGAGACGAUAAGGAUUUCUGUGAGGUAGGAGUGAAGUUUCGAGAAGAAUAAACUAUAGUCAUCUAUUAGGUGGAGUUGGAGAAGGAUACUUUCACAUAUACAAGAAACCACCGGCUGUCAUCAUCAUAGCGUGCAGCAAACCGCAAAUCUAGGUGAAAGUGUAAAGACAACUGCUAAGCCGGGAUUUAUCGCUUCCUUCUAGUCAACGCGUGCAUCCAUUGACGAUGACCACCAUCCUCACCGUUGAACCGAUCCCAAAUAUCUCAAACCACAUUUCACGAAACAACUGCCACUGCAAGUGCCGUCUCUGUCGCAUUGUCAUCGUUUUUAAUUAAAAUCUCUGAAAACGCACCACCAUCUCGGUUGUUCAGCAGGUUCGUUUACAAAUCACGCAGAAUGACGACAAGAUUACGACCGGCGGCAACCAGCUGUCGGAUUAUCAUCUACUCCACCACGCUGAUUCUACUGGUCUUUCUUCGGCAAGUUUACUCUUUCUGUCCGUCGAUAUGCACGUGCGAGGUGCAUCCAAAGGCGCGCACGUGGUGCAUUGGGGCCGGGCUGGACGUGGUCCCGAUACAGCUCAAUCCGGACGUACGCUACAUCAAUCUGACGUCCAACCGGAUUACCAAUGUUCACUUCACACUGAGCUUCUACCACAAACUGGAGGUGCUGGACAUAUCGUGCAACAAGAUUGAAGCCCUGGGUUCGAAGAACUUUGAAUUCCAGCAUGAACUUAGAAUGCUGAAUAUGAGCGACAAUGCCAUUGUAGAUAUUCCGAAAGAUGCAUUCAAAGGACUUGAGCGAUUGCAGAUAUUGAAGUUAUGUAACAAUAGAAUAGAAACAAUCCAUGCUACGGCGUUCCAUGAUCUUCGCAAUCUGCUGGAACUGGAUUUCUCAAACAACGCCAUUAUCUCACUCGAGCAUGGAACACUGCGGCAUCUGUACUCACUGGAGUGGCUCUCAUUCCAGAACAACCAAGUGCUAGAAAUACCAUACGAUCGUAAUCUCGAACACCUAUCGCGACUGCAGUCCCUCGAUUUGUCGGUCAAUCUGAUAGAGUUCAUUGCCAACGACAGUUUCGUCAACCUGCGGGAGCUGCGAAUGCUUAAACUGGGCGGCAAUGUCCUCACCGAACUGGACUAUGGCGCAUUCCAUGGGUUGAAUGCCUUGCGAGCUUUGGACCUCGCGGACAAUAAUUUUACAAUCGUGCCAACACUACAGUUAUCAAAGCUGUGUAAUCUGACAUAUUUAUCGCUGAGCGGCAACAAUUUCGAAAUGCUGCCCGCGGUGGCGUUCCUGAAUCUGUUCCAACUGCGGCAGCUGCACCUGGACCGACUGGACCGUCUGGAGCGGAUAGACGUUCGCGCCUUUGUGGACAACACCAACCUGCACACGGUGACACUGGACGACAAUCCAUCAUUCACGAGUCUGCCACUGCGACUUUGGCACGGUAACCCUCACCUGGUGGAAAUUUCCAUGCGCCGCAACGCUUUGGUCCGUCUGGACGCGGUUCAGUUCCCCCUGGACCGACUUCACCGACUGCGGCUAGCCGGAAAUCCCCUGGUGUGCAACUGUUCUCUGCUUUGGCUGUGGCGACUGGUGGCCGAAAGUGACCCAGAUGAUGAAUUUCUGCUAACUUCCGCGGCCCUCACCAGUGCUGGCUAUGCUAGUCCAAGCAACGACGAGGAGACGUCGUCACACGCGCUAAUAAUUGAUAGGGACGAAUUGGGCUGUGACUUGUAUGAAGAUGGACGGAAGAUCCGUCGGACACUGAGAACCAUGACCGAAUCGGACUUGAACUGUCCAACACACGUGCUAACUGUGAUCAGUGCAGUGUUCAGUAUAUUGCUGGUAUUGGCGACUGCGGCCAGUGUUCUAUACUUCUUCCGUUUAUCGAAACGACGGAAAAAGCUGCUGCCAGAGCAUAAGAAUGCAAACGAUUUGAUAGUGCCACAAAAAGUAGAUAAGUUAGAACUAGAGCGAUACCUGGCCCAGCAGAGUGCGGCCAGCGAGUACCGACCGCUACGGGGAGGUCCCUGGGAAGUCACUCCAAUGCUGAGGGACGUUGAACAGUAUCAUCACCAGUACGGGAAUCCGAUCCACGAACCGGAUCACUACGAGAGCUUCGAGUACUACGAUUAUCAGGGUCAAAAGCAGUUCAACUCGUACCACCAGAAACCGCAACAGCCGAAGCGCACCCUUUCGAGGCCGCACAUUGUCUACGUAUGACUCUAGACCGGCCGCAGAAUCCGUAGCAUUAGUAGCGGCAGUAGCAGUAAGAAGCAUGUAAACAGAAAUAGCUUGCGACCGCUGCUCGUUGAUAGCACUGUUUAAAGUUUUAUAGAAUAAUGAUUUAGUAUAGUUUCGAGGGAAGUUGCAACGGCUCGGACAUUGUCCGCCUGAAGACGUUACGUAAGAAAGGUAUCUAAUGCUUUUUCGAAACAAUAUUUUCCGGAAGACAACUAUAU